AUGGGGAUCAUUAACCCUUCAACACUGAUCCAGAUCAGCGGAUCAGAGGAGAUAAGGCAGGAGGCCAAGUUCAACACCGCGAACCAGAAUUUGGCCAUCCUCGAAUUUCCCGGCUGGUUCCGAGAGAAUAAGCGAGAGCCAGGAAGAAGGGUCGCGUUUAGUGCAUCGGACGCCUACAACUUCACUGAUCCUCUGUUCGACACUGGAAUUCUGGGACCAGUUCGGAUUGUCGGAACCCGUGCUCAAAACCUCAUUGAUAAGCACAUGGAUUCUAGGAUUCUACAAUCCUCCAGUUGUUACCUCGUCGCACUGCAGAAAACCAGAACAUCUUCUUGA